AUGUCAGUAGAAAAGUAUAAGAUUCACCAAUGCAUAGGAAAAGGAAACUUUGGGGAUGUUUAUAAAGCAACUGACAUUUUGAAUAAUACUCUAGUUGCUGUAAAAGUUAUAAAUCUAGAUGAAUCUGAUGAGGAUAUUGCUGUUUUAAUCCAAGAGAUACAAUUCCUAUCAAAAUUAAGAUCCCCUUAUAUCACAAAAUAUUUUGAAACUUUCAUCAAUGAUAUGUCAAUGUGGAUUGUCAUGGAGUAUUGUGGAGGAGGGUCAUGUGCUGAUUUGCUUAAAUGCUAUAAAAAACUUAAUGAGGAGACAACAGCAUUCAUUAUAAGAGAUGUCUUACGUGGAUUGACAUAUUUACACGAGGAAAAUAAAGUCCAUCGAGAUAUAAAACUGGCAAAUAUUCUUUUGACAAGCUAUGGAGAAAUCAAGCUAGCUGACUUUGGUGUUAGUGGAGAGAUUACCAUGACACAAUUGAAAAGAAAUACCUUCGUUGGCACACCAUUUUGGAUGGCUCCCGAGGUGAUUGCUAGACUGAAAACAGGUUAUAAUGAGAAGGCAGAUAUCUGGUCAACAGGAAUAACUACUAUUGAAUUGGUUACUGGAUCCCCACCAUUAUCGCAGUAUGAUCCUAUGAAAAUUUUGUUUGAAAUUCCCAAAAAACGCCCACCGUUGCUAACAGGAGUAGACUUCAGCGAAAAUAUUAAAGAUUUCGUUCGAUAUUGUCUUAUAAAAGACCCCAAGAAACGCCCUAGCUCGUCAACUUUAUUGCACCAUAAAUUUCUCAAAAAUAUCAAGCGAAACGUAAACUUGUUCAAACUACUUGAAGAAAAAAAUAAAUGGUCAGAAAGGCAUCACAAGAAUGGUAAAAAACCAAAAUAUCCUUUGAAGAUAGAUUACGGCGAUCUUCCCGAAUAUGAUCCUUUAAUAAAGUGGGACUUUAAUACUAAAAAGAGUUAUCAUACAAAAUCCUCUCCAAUGGAACAAACUUUGUUAAUUAGCAAUGAAUCACCUUUGCUAAACAUGAUUAGUUUGCCACCUAAUUCGCAACGUUAUGAAUUAGCUAUGCCAACAAAAUCAUCUUCACUACUUCCUCCACUACAAGUUACUUAUUCUUCGCAGGUAUCUCCUGGAUCCCCUUCCAGACCAAAGGAAAGUCCCGACCGAAAGCUAGAAAAUGUUUCUCAUCCAGGCCCAAUAAGGUUUCUUGAUGAUGUGGUAUUAUACUCACUCCAACGCCUACAUGUAAGAGCAAAAGCACCCAGUACUAAAGCUACAAUCGAUAAAUUGAUGCAAAAUUUUAUCGAUUAUGAAUCCUUACAGCCUGGUUUAAGUGAAGCGUUUGUGGAAGAAAUCCUAAUGCUUCAUAUUGCCAACUCUAAUACCCAUCCUUAUUAG